CAUUUUCCCACUAAUCUCCCUCUGACUUUUACGACUUUGCGACGACCACCUCCAUUCGACUUCAGCGAUGAAGUCCAUACGGAAAUCUCUCAAUGGAAACAAAGAUUCCGUCAGAAAUCACAUCUCUACCCCCAUGCCACUUCCCACCGUCUCAAAGCCCGCUCCGGGUAUACUUCCUCCCCAGAAAGUAAUAAAGGCGACCACAGAGUAUCGCUCGCAGGCUCCCCAGGAAUUAUCGUUCAAAAAGGGCGAUUUUUUCUAUGUUAUAAAGGAUAUUGACGAUCAGGGUUCUUGGUAUGAAGCGCAUAAUCCUGUUUCCGGGGCACGAGGACUUGUUCCGAGGGCGUUGUUUGCAGAAUUUAACAAAUCGUCUGCCACCAGAAACUCACAAGCUAUCCCUCUUGGCCUGAAUCCUCCUGCUCCUCCAUCGAUUCAACCACAGCAAGCUGCUAUCUCACUGCAGUCAAAGACACCAAAGUCACAAGUCUUCUAUGCGAUCGUACUCCACGAUUUCGAUGCUGAACGUGCGGACGAAUUGGAGGCCAAACGUGGUGAUGCUAUCACUGUUGUCGCACAGUCUAAUCGUGAAUGGUUCGUCGCAAAGCCUAUUGGACGGCUCGGACGACCUGGCCUAAUCCCCGUUUCCUUCGUUGAAAUCCAUGACCCAACAACUGGUGAAGCCAUUCAAGAUGUUGGAAGUCUGAUGGAUAAAGGCGACCUCCCCAGAGUAGAGGAGUGGAAGCGGGCGAUGAUGACUUAUAAGGAGAACAGCAUAGCCCUAGGAGUGCUGGACGCCCCUGGGAAUCGCGAAUCUAUCCCUUCAACUCCUUUUUUACAGUCUUUUCCAUCCCCUUCCAUACAAACAUCAGAGCCUACGAUUCAUGUCCAAGGUCAUUCUCCUAGCAAGCAUGCCCUUGCACCUACAAACGAACCACUUAGAAACCCCACACCCGAAUGCUUACCGGAAGGUAUCUUAUUGUUCGCUGAAGCAGUAUCCUUCCAUUACGAAAUGGAAGAAUAUUGGUUCCGUGUUAACGCACUAUUCCAACCUUACCCAUCUCCUGGUUCCAACACUUUACCACCUGCGAAAUCCCUCAUUCUAUUUCGGGUCUACAACGAUUUUUAUGACUUUCAAGUUGCACUUCUCAAUACCUUCCCGCGCGAAGCCGGUCGUGAUCCUCCGCACCCAAGAAUAUUGCCAUAUAUGCCCGGACCCACCCCAAAUGUCAAUGACGCUCUAACAGCUACCCGUAGAGGGGAACUCGAUGAAUACUUACGCGCACUAUGCGACCUCAGCAGGACUGGAGCCAAGUAUAUACUCGAGCAUCGAGUGGUGCGAGAGUUUCUCGUCCUCAAGCCAGGUGAUGUGGAAAACGACACCAAUCCUCGGGUUGAAGAAUACGAAGCAUUACAGGCCGACGGAAAUAUCAACGGCGAAUACGUGAACGAGAUUCGGGACACCGUAGGCAAGCUAAAGCUGGAUAACGAGAAGUUUGACGGAUCAGAUUACGACGAGGACGAAGGAUAUGCUCGUUCUCCGCAAAGGCAACCUUAUGACCGACAUCCGUACUCUCGUUCCGAAGAGGAUCGUCGGCCUUCGGAAGGAAGUCUUCGCCUUCAAGCACACUCUCAAAGUCACCACCGGAACGGCUCUACGUCUUCUGUCCGACGCACUCCUUCGCCGUACUCCCCUAACUCUCGAUCAAAUUCACCUAUUUCUGGCUCUCAGCAGUUGACUCGCGACAGCGACCCCUACUAUUCCGCACGAAAUCGAGCUCCACCAUCCCAUACUGCGUCGUCUCCGUCAAUAUCCUCAGUACGUUCGGCAGCACCGUCCACGACCGGUCGCACAAGAUCACAUUCGAGCGCCAAUACUCCCCCGAUUUCAGCUGUAAACUCACAAACUGCGUUCAUUAAAAUCAAGAUCUUCGACAGGGUGGCGGAUGACUUGAUCGCUAUCCGAGUACACCCACUUGUCACGCACUCGGAACUAAUGGAUAAAGUGCAGACUCGGCUGGGUUCAGAAGUAUCCAACCUCAGAUACCGGGACAGCGUGAAUAAUACUUUCAUUCCCCUUAAUACUGACAGUCAAUUAAGGGUUUGGAUGGAUGGCACAGACAAACAUGUGCUAUACGCGGAUUAAUAUUGUCGGAGGGGAGAGUUGUAGGGAUUGAGGUAUCUGUGCAGAACGUGACUGAUCACGAACCUUGGCUCUGUGUCUUUCGAUCUUCUUGUGCCCGUGUUAUUUUUUUUUGUGGCUUUGUUUCCCAUCUUUUUUGUUUCUUAUGUUACAUUUCCCCUUUACCUAUCUUUUACUCACUUAUCAUGUACCCGUGCUUUAGUGUUACUUAGUUAGAAUACGAUGGCUGUUGUAUCAUGUACGAUUGCUGCAUAACAAGAAGAAUACUCGAAUAUCGACGGUUCUUUGGCUGCUCUUC